AUGCCAAGCGCGAUCAAUGGCAACAGCGCAGGGUCAGAAGUGGUGCUGACAGGACUGUCGGGCCGGCUGCCCGAGAGCGGCGAUAUAGAGGAAUUUGCGCAGCAUCUCUUCGCAGGCGUCGACAUGGUCACCGUCGACGACCGCCGGUGGACGCCAGGAAUGUAUGGAUUGCCAAAACGGGGCGGCAAGCUAAAGGACUUGGCACACUUCGACGCAGCGUUCUUCGGCGUAUCCGACAAACAAGCUGAUGUCAUGGACCCGCAGCUGCGGGUGCUUCUGGAGGUGACGCACGAGACCUUAGUAGACGCCGGGCUCUGCCCAGCCGAGCUGCGCGGCACGCGCACGGGCGUUUACGUCGGUGUCAGCCGCUCGGAAAGUCUAAACAUAUGGUGCAAUGACAGCGACAAGAUCAACGGCUACGCUAUGAUUGGCGGUGCCAACGCUAUGUUCCCCAACCGAGUUUCCUAUUCAUUUGACUUCAAAGGGCCUUCGGUUGGUAUCGAUGUCGCCUGUUCAAGCUCUAUGUACGCACUGGCACAGGCCGUGCACGAUAUUCGGGCAGGCCGUUGCGACUCCGCGGUAGUCGCCGGCAUAAACCUUUGCCUCGACCCAACAACGUCAUUAAACUUCCAUCAGUUGACCAUGCUCUCACCGGAUGGUCGUUGCGCCUCUUUCGACGAAAGCGGGCAGGGUUACGUGCGUUCCGAGGCGGUGGUGGCCGUGAUGUUGCAACGCCGUCACGAAGCGCGCCGUCUAUACUGCACGGUGCGCGGUGCGGGCGUGAACAACGACGGCUACAAGCCGCAAGGCAUUUUCUAUCCCGCCGGCGUCAUACAGCGUCGCAUCGCGCAAGAGACCCUUGAAGACGCCGGCCUGCGCCCACAGGACAUCGUCUAUUUGGAAGCGCACGGCACGGGUACCAAGGCAGGCGAUCCAGAGGAGGUGAACGCAAUUGCGGAGCUAUUCUGUAAGGACCGGGAUGCACCGCUACUAAUAGGCUCGGUCAAGUCCAAUAUAGGGCACACGGAGCCAGCCUCUGGGCUUUGUUCGGUUGCUAAGAUGGUGUUGGCAAUGGAGCGCGGCGUCAUCCCCGGCAACUUGCACUACAAAAACCCCAACACCGGCAUCCCAGCACUCAGUGAUGGUCGUAUUAAGGUGGUUGAAAAAAACACAACGUGGCAAGGCGGACUAGUGGCAGUGAACUCGUUCGGGUUUGGCGGCGCCAACGCGCAUGUGAUUUUAGAAGGAGGGCGCGGCGAGCGGCCCCCGCCCGCAGAGUACCCGGUGCCACGCCUCGUGUUGGCCUCGGGCCGCACCGACGACGCCGUCGAGAAAUUACUUCGGCUAGCGGUUGAUCAUCCACGCGACGCGGAAUUACACGCUUUAAUAGACGCAGUACAUGCACGCGCCACCGCUGGCCACCCCCGUCGCGGGUAUGCCGUGUUAGACCAGGCGGGGACCGUGCUUGAUGUGCUCGAAAACGAAGGCAAACCGCGCCCGGUCUGGUUCGCGUUUAGCGGCAUGGGCUCACAAUGGGCCGGCAUGGCGCGUGAGCUAUUACGCUUGCCGACAUUCGCGCGGAGUAUCGCGCGCUCGGCGAGAGCGCUUGAGCCGUACGGCGUGAACCUCUCGUACGUGGUCGCGGAAGCAUCGGAGAAAGAAUUCCACAACGCCAUCAAUUGUUUCGUGUCCAUUGCUGCCGUGCAGGUGGCCAUGGUCGACGUACUGCGUGAGCUUGGCGUACAACCUGAUGGCAUCAUUGGUCAUUCCCUUGGCGAAGUUGGUUGUGCGUAUGCGGAUGAGACAUUAACGGCAGAACAGACGGUGCUGUGCGCGUACUGGCGCGGGCGCUGCAUACUGGAUGCGGCGCCGGCGCCGGGCGCCAUGGCCGCCGUCGGGCUGGGCUGGGAAGAGGCCGCGCGCCGCUGCCCCGCAGACAUCGAGCUCGCUUGCCACAACUCCCCUGACAGUGUUACGAUCUCCGGUCCAUUAGCGUCUAUAGAGAGAUUCGUUGAGCAGCUGUCAGCUGACGGCGUGUUUGUGCGGAUGGUCAACACCUCAGGCGUGGCGUAUCAUAGCAAAUACAUCGCCGGCGCCGCACCGCUGUUGCACGACCGCCUUCAGCAAGUCAUCCCUAAUCCGAAGCCCCGCAGCACCCGCUGGCUUUCCUCCUCAAUACCACCGGACCAGUGGAAGUCAGAGUUAGCUCGACUGAGCGACGCAGCAUACCACGUGAACAACCUGGUUUCGCCGGUGCGGUUCGCUGCUGUGCUGGCCAUGGUGCCGGAGCGCGCACUGGUGGUGGAGGUGGCGCCGCACGCGUUAUUGCAGGCGCUGCUGAAGUGUGCGCUGCCCCGCGCCGCGCACGUGCCGCUUGUACGUCGCGACGCGUCUAACGCGUUGGUCCAUCUGCUGGCCGCCGUGGGCAAAGUCUAUGCGGCCGGCGCGCAACCUCAGGUAUCGCGUUUAUACCCGCCCGUGUCCUGGCCCGUGUCGCGCGGCACGCCUGGGCUCGCGGCGCAUGUUGGCUGGGACCACUCUGUCGAGUGGCGCGUGGCCGACUACAAGACGGCCGCCCGAUCCGGCGAGAAUAUCAUCGAGUACGACCUAAACAAGCCUGACGACGCAUUCAUUGCUGGACAUAACAUCGAAGGUCGGGUUAUAUUCCCCAACACUGGAUAUCUUACACUGGUUUGGCGUACCGUGGCAAAGAUGAACAAUCUAGAUAUGGAGCAGGCGGCGGUGGUGUUAGAAAACGUGAAUUUCCGUCGCGCAACCAUCAUGUCGCGUGAGGCGCCAGUGCGAUUUCUCGUCUCGUUGCUGGAUGGGACGGGGGAGUUCCAGGUUUGCGAAGGCGGGGAUGUGGUGGUCACGGGUACGGUGAGACUGACCGCCGACCCCGCCGCCGAACGCCUGGCUCCAGCCGAGCUGGCCGAGGCCGAAGAAAAACAGGAAGACCUACCAGCUCUCGAUUCUGAAGACAUCUAUAAAGAAUUACGACUCCGCGGCUACAACUAUAAGGGCGUGUUCCGCGGGAUUAAGUCCUCGGACGCACAUGGCACACGCGGCCUGCUUAAAUGGGAAGGCAACUGGAUCUCGUUCAUGGAUACGGCACUGCAAAUCACUCUUGUUACAUACCCGCGUGACUUGUAUUUGCCGUCACGUAUACAGCGUGUAGUCAUUGAUCCUGCAGCGCAGCGCGAGGCGGUUGCGGCUGCCACGGGCACCAGUGGCGGUGUGCCUGUUAAGCGCUACCCGAGCAUUGAUGCCAUUGUAGCUGGUGGUGUAGAACUCACAGGUUUCAGUACGUUAUUGGCACUACUUCGUACAAAUAUUCAAGCCGCUCCCACUCUAGAAAGACAUGCAUUUGUACCCUUCAAUGGUGCGUGUUUCGAUUUCGAGGACUACGAGCGCUCCAAAAGACAUGCGCUUACUGCCGCAAUACAAUUGGUGAUCGAGAACUGUGGAGUGCUGCAACUCGAGGUAGCAGAGCUAGCGCUGCAGCGACCCGUGGACGCACUGCUGCUGCCGCACGCUUUACGAGUGAUGGAUGACGAACCAGAACUGCGCGUGAGCGCCACGCUGGCGGCCGGCGCCGACGCACUGCAGUACGGCGCCACCAUGGACCCACUGCGAAUCAAGCUGUCUAAUAGAGAUGUGGGGGGCCUAGACAAAAGCCACUUGGUGCUGAGUGCUGACGUGUUGUCGCGACACGAGAGCGUGCUGGGCGCGCUCGCCGCCCGCUGCGCCUUCCUGCUGUUGGAGGAGGCCAAGCGUUCGCUCGACUACCCUGCACAACAAGCGCUGCUCGCCGCCGCUGGCCUUUCCCUGGUAUCACGAGUGCACGCCGGGUCAUGUGAGUACGUGCUGCUGCGACGCACUCCAGCUGUGCCGUCGACAAGAGUAGUCCUCGAGGUUCGUGAUGACGUUUUCAACUGGGUGGAGUCACUGAAGGACGCCAUGAAGCGCGCUGAAACAGAAGACAUGCGCGUGUAUGUGUGGUCACGCGCGCCCGGCUCAGGGGUACUGGGCCUGGGGACGUGCUUGAGGUGUGAGCCCGGCGGUGAUCGACUCCGCGUCUACUACUUGCCUGGAGCGCCGGACGCAUUUGAUCCUGACGUGCCGGCGUACGAAAAGCAAGUCCAGCGUGACAUGGCUUUCAAUGUACUGCGUGAUGGCAUCUGGGGCACUUAUCGCCGCCUGCCACUGGAUGAUAUCACCGGCACCCGAGUACAGGUGGAGCACGCGUACGUGGACACACUAACGCGCGGAGAUCUCUCGGCGCUGCGCUGGAUCGAAAGCGAUCUGCGAUACGCGACCGACCCUUGUCGCAUAUAUUACUCGGCGCUCAACUUCCGCGACAUCAUGAUCGCUUCCGGCAAGCUAUCGCCCGUAGUAACGAAAGGAACUCGGGUUAAAAAGGAAAGUUGUAUGUUCGGUUCGGAAUUCAGUGGCCGUUUGUCUACCGGCAAGCGCAUCAUGGGCAUAGUUUUCCGAGGCCUGGCGACCUCUGUAAUGCCCGACGUGAACUUUAUGUGGGAUGUGCCGAAACACUGGUCGCUGAAGGAGGCAGCCACCGUGCCGGUAGCGUAUGCGACGGCGUACUACGCGCUGGUAGUGCGGGGUCACAUGCGGCGCGGCGAAGCUGUGCUGGUGCACGCGGGAGCGGGUGGAGUGGGACUGGCGGCCAUCGAAGUCGCGCUUCACGCCGGCUGCACCGUCUUCACCACCGUGGGCUCGCCCGACAAACGCGCCUUCCUGCGGGAGCGCUUCCCGCAUCUUCCGGACACCAACAUUGGCAACUCUCGUGACUGCUCGUUCGAGCAGCUGGUGCUACGUCGCACGCACGGUCGGGGCGUCCACCUCGUGCUCAACUCACUCGCGGGACCCCAGCUGCAGGCGUCGCUCCGCUGCCUCGGGAAGGGUGGACGAUUUCUCGAAAUUGGCAAGGUGGACCUGAGCGCCAAUACGGCGCUUGGUAUGGCCAUACUGCUAAACAACACGGCAGUCCACGGCAUAUUGCUAGACGCGUUCUUUGACAGCGAUGACCCCGAGAAGGCGGAGGUGGUGCGCUGCGUAGCUGAGGGCAUCGCCGCCGGAGCUGUGCGCCCGCUGCCCGUCACCGUUUAUGAUGACACCCAAAUCGAGCAAGCUUUCAGGUACAUGUCGACGGGAAAGCACGUCGGAAAAGUGUUGAUCCGAGUGCGCGAGGAGGAGAUGAACAGUGAACCGGUACCAGCGAAGCUGGUGUCCGCGAUGCCGCGCACCUACAUGCACCCCCGCAAGAGCUAUGUGCUCGUCGGCGGGUUGGGCGGCUUCGGUCUGGAGCUCUGCGAGUGGCUGGUGCGCCGUGGCGCGCGCAUACUCGUGCUUAAUUCGCGCAGCGGCGUGCGCACAGGAUAUCAAGCAAUGUGUAUACGCAGAUGGCGUUCCGAGGGCGUGCGCAUACUCCUGUCAUCGGAAGACGCGACGACCCCGGCGGGUGCGCGCGCGCUUGUGCGUGUGGCGGCGGCGGCCGCGCCUGUCGGUGGCAUCUUCAACCUCGCGGUCGUGCUGCGAGAUGCCCUCCUCGAGAAUCAGACCCCGGAAUCCUUCGAGACCGUUGCCAAGCCCAAGAUUUAUGCGACACGUGCGUUGGACAUGGCUUCGCGCGAGCUGGCACCAGAGUUGGAGCAUUUUGUGGCAUUCUCAUCGGUAUCCUGCGUGUGCGGCAACGCGGGCCAGAGCAACUACGGGCUCGCAAACAGCGCCAUGGAGCGACUGUGCGAGCAGCGGCGCGCAGACGGGCUGCCGGGCUUAGCCGUGCAGUGGGGCGCCGUCGGUGACGUGGGGGUCUUGACGGCUAUGCCGGUCGAUGCGGAGAUACGCGGCACCGUGCCGCAGCGCAUCGCCUCGUGUCUACAGACUCUAGAGGCGCUGCUGGCGCUGCCGCACGCCGUAGUUUCGUCCAUGGUGUUGGCCGAUGCACUGCGCACGCAGGACAAACCAACGCAGGACCUCGUGCACGCCGUUGCCGCCAUAAUGGGCAUCAAAGACGUUAAGAAGGUGUCGGACACGGCGACAUUAGUCGAAUUGGGGAUGGACUCACUGAUGAGCACGGAGAUUAAACAGAUGUUAGAAUGCAACCACGGCAUUGUGGUCGGCGUACAAAAGGUCCGCGCGCUUACUUUCGGCAAGCUCCGCAGUAUGACCGACGACGCAUCCGCGCCCUCUAACGGUGUAAACCCGACUAAGCAUAACUUGUUGGAGUUAGGCACUGUGGAGCUUAUGCCCAAGCAAGUACUCGUCAAACUGCAGUCGCAGCCAGGCAUUACUCCAAAUGACAGGCCGGUAUUUAUGGUGCAUCCGUUCGAAGGUUCAGUAAACAUUCUUCGCGAGGUGGCAGCAAACGUGCGCGGCACAGUGUACGGGCUACAGUCCACUAACUCAGCUCCGUCAGACGACAUGGCUACUCUCGCGAGCUACUACUUGAAGCACGUACGCGCCACGCAGCCCGAGCCACCAUAUUUGCUACUUGGUUACUCCUUCGGCGCCAGCGUUGUCUUCGAGAUGGCGCUGCAGCUGGAACAGGAUGGUUGCGCAACACGACUGGUGUUCGUUGAUGGUUCACCCGCUUUCGUCGCCACGUACAUCACUAACGCAAUGAAGCAAUCGAUCGUGCCGCAACAUGACGGGGCUGACUUGCUCGCCUAUUUGGCGAAUGUGUGUUUCGGCCUCGACUUGGCUGAGGUGACGAGCGAGCUGGAGCGAUUCCCAGAUGCGGAGGCGCGAGUGGGCCGUUUAGCGGAGAUCAUCACCGCUCGCGGCGAGCGCGUGGAUAAGGACACGUUACGCGACGUGGCGACCAGCGUACAGCGCAAGCUAAUAAUUGGCAGCAGUUACAAGCCUACAUCGCGUGUACGGGCGCCAGUCACACUGUUCCAAGCGCUGAACAACAACAUGGCGGACGAAGACUACGGGCUAAAGGCUGUAUGCGAGGAGGUGAGCGUGCGGAAGUUGGAAGGCACGCACCACACUAUCCUUACUGGUGACUCAGCUCUCGCUAUAGCUGACCACGUCUCCGAGCUUCUCGCUCAAUGCUAA